UCAGUCUGGAUAGAGGAGCUCUGGUUUCACUGGCGAAGUGUUGGUAAAUCUGCUGAAGAUCUGACGAUCAUGGAUUCUACUGGAACGUUCCGCAUCGUGUCAGAGGAGGAACAGGCGCUGCGCUCCAAACUCGAGCACCUCAGCAUCAAGGAUCACGGUCCUGUGUUCGGCCCAUGUCACAAACUUCCUGACCACACGGUGCAGAAAGCCAAGGACGAGCUGAACGAGACAGCGGAGAGAAGAGUUUCCGCUCUGAAGGAUCUCAGGUCUCUAAUCCGUGAGAAGGCCGAGGGCGGUGACGACCUGUCCGUGGGGGUGCGGGAGAAAUUUGGAGAUAAAGCGGAUUCUCUGCUCCUGAGGUUCAUCCGUGCCAGGAAGUUUGACGUAACCAGAGCUCACGAACUUAUGAGAGGUUACAUUCGUUUUCGACGGAACUUUACCGAGCUGUUCGAGAAUUUGACCCCUGAAGCGGUGCGCAGUACCAUUGAGGCCGGCUACCCACAAAUCCUUAGCACACGGGACAAAUAUGGCCGGGUGGUUCUGCUCUUCAACAUUGAGAACUGGGAUUUGGAGGAGAUCACUUUCGAUGAAACCCUGCGUGCGUACUGCGUGAUCCUGGAGAAACUUCUGGAAAACGAGGAGACGCAGAUCAACGGUUUUGUUCUUAUCGAGAACUUUAAGGGCUUCACCAUGCAGCACGCGUCUGGUAUCAAACACACCGAGCUGAAGAAGAUGGUCGACAUGCUGCAGGACUCGUUCCCUGCACGGUUCAAGGCUGUGCAUGUGAUCCACCAGCCGUGGUACUUCACCACCACCUACAACGUGGCCAAAUCCUUCAUGAAGGGCAAACUGCUGGAAAGAGUGUUUGUUCAUGGUGACGAUCUGGAUUCUUACUUCAGGGACUUCGAUAUCAAUAUUCUUCCUCCAGACUUCGAUGGGAAAGGCCCGAGCUGUGAUGGGAGAGAGACGGCGAUGAAGCUGUUCGGCUCUGAGGAUACGGCUCUGUAAACACUGGACGCAGAUUAUUAUUCGUGUAUAUGUGCAGUAGAACGAUCUACAAACUAACAUCUGGAGUUGGAAGCAUAUAAUUUCCUAUAUAUGAUUGAUUUAUUACAGCUGUUAGUAACUGUUGUAGCUGAAACACAUACAUUAAAAUUAGAAGGGGUGUCCCUAUACUUUUGUUUA